GGAUACAGAAUCUGAUACUACAGCGGCUCUCACUGGGGAGCUGCGGGCAAGCGGAACCCUCACUAACGGUCUAAACACAAAAUACCAAUAGAGCUGGCCGUCACCAUAUUACAGACCAGCCGUACUGCAAGGCGAAGCUCUCUCUGGAUUGUGCAAAGCAGACUGGGAUCUCUACAGCCUGGGGAUAACUUGGUUGUCGGACUUUGGGGUGGGUGGGGGGAGCCGUAAAAAUGAAUCGGAGUUUUAGUAAAUCCCAGACCCUGCGCUAUGUGGAUUGCAGCGCCGUGGAGGUAAAAAGCAAGUAUGGGGCUGAGUUCCGAAGGUUCUCUUUAAAUCGAUACAAGCCGGGAACAUUUGAAGAUUUUCAUAACCUUCUUCUUCACAUCCACAAUAUUUCCAAUGUGGAUGUAAUGCUUGGGUAUGCAGACGUUCAUGGAGACCUCCUUCCCAUUAACAAUGAUGACAAUUUCUUCAAAGCUGUUUCUAGUGCAAAUCCACUUCUUCGGGUGUUUAUACAAAAGCAAGAGGAAGUAGACUACAGCACCUUUGGCAGUGCUACAUUAACGCGAAAAAAGAAGGCUUUGGUGGUACUUCGCAAUGACAGCCUCAGAAACCGUAAGCCUCACCUUAACAUCAGUAUGCCUCAUGACUUCAGACCUGUCUCCUCCAUCAUUGAUGUAGACAUCCUUCCUGAGACACACAGACGAGUCAGACUGUAUCGACAUGGAUGUGAGAAGCCCUUGGGAUUCUAUAUUCGUGACGGCACCAGUGUUAGAGUGACACCUCAUGGCUUGGAAAAAGUUCCAGGGAUAUUUAUUUCUAGACUGGUUCCUGGAGGUUUGGCAGAGAGCACAGGCUUGUUAGCUGUAAACGAUGAAGUUUUGGAAGUCAAUGGUAUAGAAGUUGCAGGAAAGACACUUGACCAGGUUACUGAUAUGAUGAUUGCAAAUAGUCAUAACCUUAUUAUCACAGUCAAGCCUGCAAACCAAAGGAAUAAUAUUAUCCGGAGCAGCCGGAUGUCUGGCAGUUCUGGGCAAUCCACAGACAGCACUGCUAGUCAUCAUAGUCUACCUUCUGCCCACCUGCUGCAGAACUUUCACCCAGAUGAGAUGGAGAGUGAUGAUGAUGCUGACAUUGUUAUUGAGGGUAGUCUUGAACCACGUAAUAUUUCUAAAUCACAAAGCCUACCCUCAGGCAGCCUAUCACGACUUAAUGGCAACAGCUUGAGCCUUCGGUUGGAGAGAGACUUGGGGCUUAAUCAUUCUGGGAGAGAAAGCAAUGGAAGCAUUCAUAAAAUAUUAAGUAGCUUAAAAUCUGACCCAAGGAACAGCUUAGUGAUUCCAAAAGGAGGCAUUGAGGAGGAUGGUACCGUUAUUACACUUUAGACACUGCCCAUGAUUUAGAAAUAAUUGAAGUCUAAAUCAUUACUUUAUUACAAAAAACAUGCUAUAUAUCAGACAUUCAAAUGGAUUAAAGAUUUGCCUUAUUAACAUUAGAAAUUCUUUGUUCAGAAAGGUACAAAUGACAGCUAAGGUCAUCUUUUUUUCUAGGUUGUGGUCAUACUACUGGAAGAUCUUAUGAGUUGGACUCUGUUUUAAAUAAACUUGCUAAAAUACAGGACCUGUAUCAGUUGUGAUCCAAAACUAGUCCAUAUUUUAUAUAUAAAGGUCACUAAAACCACUCUUCUACAAUGUCUGUGGUACUUAAUGUGUUACCAUGUUGUGCAAAUGACUUAAAAUCUUCUAAGUCAUUGCAGAAAACAUCAGUGUUUGAUGUAUGUUUUUUUUUUUUUGGUAAGGUAAAACUUUUUUGUUUUGAAAUUUACUUUAAUAAUUUCUCUAUUUUUCUGACUGAGAUGAUGCAGCCUGUGUUAGUUCAUGUAACAGCACCACUUGCUGGUCAACUGUGGUAGUAGUAAAAAAAAAAAAAAAGUUUUCUUCCUACUGAUGAAAUUUAAACUAACUUCCUUCUAGUGCCUCCUGGGUUGCUCCAUACUUUCCUGUGAAUAUUGAAAACAUUUGUAUACUAUCUGCAUCAGAUCUGUUACUUUUUUUUUUUUGAUGACUUAGUAAUAGAAAAGUUUGGGCGGGGUUUCCCUGAAGAAGGUUGUUUGGCUACAAUUAACUUCUUGUGCUACUUAAUUUGUUUAACCAGGAGAAUAUAUUAACAAAAAAGGGAAAGUCCCAAAAUAUCACUACUUUUAAAGUUUGUCAUAUAAAUCAAGUAGGAGCAACAGUUACAUUGUCAUUUUUUUUCUAUGUUCAUCUGUGUCAUAUGUCUCCACUUUUCAUAUUUUUAAAAAUAAUUAUUAAACUAUGCUAUGUGGAUGUCUUUUUGUUGUUGUUUAGGAAAUGAUGAAGAAUCGGCUCAUUUAUGCAAAACUUUGAUUUAAAAAAAAUGCACACAUUCCUAUUUUAAUUUAAGACCUAAAGUGAUAUGGGUUUUCAUUUCCUAUUUUUUUUUAAAUACCUUUGUACUUUUAAAAUGAACAUGUUAAAUAAAAUAAAAUUAAUUAUG